AUGGCGCUGAUCAAAGUUGAACACUUUGUCUCCUUGUAUCUGACAUGGUUUUCCUUUAAUAAUGAGUAUGACCAAAAUGCCCUCAACCCACCUCUUUCCCCAGCAGCUCGAACCAAACCCCAAAGUCCUUCGCCUGACAUCUCCGCCGGAGAUCGCCAUGAUCGGAACACCGACUCUGCGACCCUUCCGCAGAGGCUGCCGCAACAUUACCAAUAUCUUCCAACUCCGUCUCCGGCGAUACCCGCUCCGAGAAGGCCACGCCGGCACACUCCUCAGCCAGCCCCAGCCCCAGCCCCUUACCAAUAUCCUCCAACUCCGUCUCCGACGAUACCUCCUUCGGGAAGUCCACGCUGGCACACUCCUCUGCAACCCUUUCCCGAGCCCACUCCCAUGAUUGAGGAUAUGGUAUACGUUGCUGUGGGAAAAGAAGUGAAAGAGUGCAGAUUAAUCCUGUUGUGGGCUUUACAGAAUUCUAGUGGAAAGCAAAUUUGCAUCCUUCACGUUCAUCAACCUGCACAGCUCAUCCCCUGUAAGGUCAGGCGAAGAACUUUGGUGUUCGAGCUUGGGAAAGAGGUGGGUCGAGGGCACUUUGGUCAUACCUGUUCUACAAAGGGCAAUAAAGGAGAAUUAAAGAGUAGGCUGUGGCAUUUUCUACCAUAGUUACACUCUUACUUUCCUGUAUCAAUCUCAGCCGUAGAAAAAAGUACAGCAGAUAUGCGGUACUUUUUUCUACAGCAUAGUAGCCGGAUCCUA